AUGAGUGUUCAGGAGUAUAGUGUAUACUUCGAUUCAUUAGCUAGAUAUGCUCCAGCUAUGGUGGCUGAGAUGGAAGAUCAAGUUCAUCUUUUCGUGGCUGGUCUAGGGCCACACUUGAUAGAUGAGUGUACGACAGCUGUGUUACAGCCAGGGAGUGCACCUCCGCUGUUUCCUCGCCCUAGAUUUGAUCGGUCUUCUUAUUCCGGAGCAGGCCAGAGAUUUAGAGCAUCAAGUUCUCAGCGUAGACUAGAGUCAGGCCAGAGACCACCGGUACCGCGGUGUGCCCAGUGUGGUAGAUUACACUAUAGACAGUGUCGAUUGGGAUUAGAUGCCUGUUAUGCUUGUGGCCAGCCAGGUCAUGUGAUGAGGGAGUGUCCAUCAAGAGGGGGUGCAGACAUUGUUCAGCCUAUAGGGUCCGUAGCUGGUUCUUCUUCAUCAGUACGCCCUUCAGGGAAAGUUUCCCAGACACCAGUAGGACGUAGUAGAGGGAGGAGUGGAGCAUCUAGCUCGAGUGGGCCUCAGCACCGCGUCUAUGCACUAGCCGGUAAACAAGAUCAUGAGACAUAUCCUGAUGUUGUUACAGAGCUUGAGUCGAUCAAACCGUUUGAGCUAUCUAAGCCAGUUGGUGAUCCAGUCAUAGCUAGGAAGAUAUAUCAAAAACGUGUAAUGAUUUAG